GUGAGCGAGUGUGUGUGUGCGGGAGUGUGUGCGUACACGCCUUCGGGGGCCGGUGACACUGCAGUGGGCUUCUUCGUUGAGCCGGCCCUCGGGCUGCUCAGUCCCCAGCCAACCUGCACCGCAUUUAGGAAACAGCUUGGCUCUGUCAUCUUCCGGAGCCUUCCUCUGCAUCCACACCUCGCUUAGCUUACUUUUCCCUUGACCCAGGGUGCCACAGCCGGCCACCCCCCUAAUCGGUACAAACACCCAAGCCUUUUCCAGUUCUCCCCUAAGCCAAUAUUUUCCCACUUAUCUCUCACUGGGGUUUCUCUUUGAGCCAGGUCAGGCUCCCCCAUUCUUGGAAAUUGUUUUAUUGGACUGCUGUACCGAGGCGUGCAAAGCUUGAGGACUUUAUUAUUAUAAAAUAGACUCUUUUCAGUUCCUCCCCUUCUGAGCAACGGAGCAAUGAAAUUUCCAAUCGAGACUCCAAGGAAACAGGUGAACUGGGAUCCUAAAGUGGCUGUUCCCUCAGCGGCGCCUGCCUGUCAGCCCAAGAGUGCCACUAACGGGCAUUACCCAGCCCCACGCCUCGCCAUCUCCUCCCGAGCCACGGUGGUAGCCAGAAUGGAAGGUGCCUCCCAGGGGGGCCUGCAGACUGUCAUGAAGUGGAAAACAGUGGUCGCCAUUUUUGUGGUCGUGGUGGUCUACCUCGUCACAGGGGGUCUCGUCUUCCGGGCACUGGAGCAGCCUUUUGAGAGCAGCCAGAAGAAUACCAUUGCCUUGGAGAAGGCAGAAUUCCUUCGGGAUCAUGUCUGUGUGAGCCCCCAGGAGCUAGAGACCUUGAUCCAGCAUGCCCUUGAUGCUGACAAUGCAGGAGUCAGUCCAAUAGGAAACUCUUCCAACAACAGCAGCCACUGGGACCUUGGAAGUGCCUUUUUCUUUGCUGGAACAGUCAUCACCACUAUAGGGUAUGGGAAUAUUGCUCCAAGCACUGAAGGAGGCAAAAUCUUUUGUAUUUUAUAUGCCAUCUUUGGAAUUCCACUCUUUGGUUUCUUAUUGGCUGGAAUUGGAGACCAACUUGGAACCAUCUUUGGGAAAAGCAUUGCAAGAGUGGAGAAGGUCUUUCGAAAAAAGCAAGUGAGUCAGACCAAGAUCCGGGUCAUCUCCACCAUCCUGUUCAUCUUGGCUGGCUGCAUCGUGUUUGUGACGAUCCCUGCCGUCAUUUUCAAAUACAUCGAGGGAUGGACAGCCUUGGAGUCAAUUUACUUUGUGGUGGUCACUCUGACCACGGUGGGCUUUGGCGACUUUGUGGCAGGGGGAAACGCUGGCAUCAAUUACCGGGAGUGGUAUAAGCCCUUAGUGUGGUUUUGGAUUCUUGUUGGCCUUGCCUACUUUGCGGCUGUCCUCAGUAUGAUCGGAGAUUGGCUACGGGUUCUAUCCAAAAAGACAAAAGAAGAGGUCGGUGAAAUCAAGGCCCAUGCGGCUGAGUGGAAGGCCAAUGUGACAGCUGAGUUCCGGGAGACACGACGGCGACUCAGCGUCGAGAUCCACGACAAGCUGCAACGGGCGGCCACCAUCCGCAGCAUGGAGCGUCGGCGCCUGGGCCUGGACCAGAGGGCCCACUCUCUGGACAUGCUGUCCCCCGAGAAACGCUCUGUCUUUGCCGCCUUGGACACGGGUGGCUUCAAGGCCUCUUCCCAGGAGAGCAUCAACAACCGGCCCAACAACCUGCGCCUUAAGGGGUCGGAGCAGCUGAACAAACAUGGGCAGGGGGCCUCCGAGGACAACAUCAUCAACAAGUUCGGGUCCUCCUCCAAACUCACCAAGAGGAAAAACAAGGACCUCAAAAAGACCUUACCCGAGGAUGUCCAGAAAAUCUACAAGACCUUCCGGAACUACUCCCUGGACGAAGAGAAGAAAGACGAGGUGAUGGAAAAGAUGUGUAACUCGGACAACUCCAGCACCACCAUGCUGACUGACUGUAUCCAGCAGCAGUCUGAGAUGGAGAACGGGACGGUACCCACGGACACCAAAGACAGGGAACUGGAGAACAACUCAUUACUUGAAGACAGAAACUAACCCUGGAGGCCGCUGGACUUGGACUAAGCAUUGUUAGUGUUUGUUUGUUUUUUUGUUUUGUUUUGUUUUUUUAAUAUUCACACUGAGACACGUGCCUUAAACCGACUUCUUGUUAGUCCAAAAUUACAUAACAUUGAAGAAUAUAUUUCACUGUGCCAUAAAAUGACUGAAAGCUUGCUCUGCCAAAAGGAAUCAAAGAACUUCAUUUCUGAAAGUGACAGCAGGACACGCAGGGAGCAUUUGCACACCGAGGAGGUGACCACCGUACACGGUGAGGGAAUUUUCGUGGCGACGCUAUGCGGCUGUACAGGGCCGCCCCUGGCCUGGCACUUCUAAAAGGCAGCUACUCCUUUGACCAGCCUUCUGAAGGGAAGAGGUGUCUUUUAAGUGUCUCAUGUCCUGAACCUACCGUUAGUGAUACAUGCACACAGAGAAGGGGACCUGCAGGGGGUGAACUGGUAGCUGCAGUUAGGAUUAGAUGUGACAUUGUGGCCUGUGCCCUGAGCUUGAAUUUUGAUACAAACCAUUCCGAGCAUACCUAGUCUUUCUAAACUCCAAAUGAAUGUCCAUGGGACCUGAGAGAACCUGGAAUUUGUUGGAAGCGGAUCAGAGCACAUGUAUUAAAAGGUGCAAUUGCUUUCCUCAUUACAAAA